AUGGGGAUUUUCAUAAAUGGAUGGUUCCCAGUGAUGAAAGUGAGCAAGACAUAUGGACCAUCCCCUGCUUCUGGUAUUUAUGAUCUAUGGAAUAACGCGUACACCGUUAACGAGUACAACGACAGCAUCAACGCCUUUUCCUUCGCUGACAACACAAUACCCUACAAGUCUAGUGUUGUGGAUGCCUGGACUAGUUACUACAUUAAAGCUGUUCGGUUGUCAUUCAUUGUGUCCGGGACUGAGCGAGCGUAUGUUGUGUUUGAUGCUCAUGGUACCACAAAGUGGUCCUGGUUCUCCUGUGACAGAAUCCUUUACUCAUCAUGGACAGAUCUAAACAAUGACGCAUAUCAGGAAUACUGUAGCAUUCAGGGUAACGCAGCUAACCAACAAUACUUUCUAAUGGAGUCAAGUUACGGCACAAGUUGUGCCACCAAUAGUGGCUGGUUUAGCGUUGUUGAGCGUACUUCUGGUGGAUGUAGCUGGGAACAGAUGGACUCUAACUAUCCCCAUGUUGUAUACAGCGAUACAACAACAGCAGAACUCAACACUGGCAUGGCUGUGGCUGACACGUUUACAGUAUCAGUAUCAAUGGACGAUAUUUGUGACAUAGUUGUAUGUGAGAAUGGUGCUACUUGCUUAGACUGGGGUGGACGUUACAGUUGUGUAUGUGAAGGCCUUCAUUAUGGACAUUUAUGUCAAAACAUCGAUGGUAAUUAUACAGCAUGGACAGCUUGGACAGACUGUAGUACAUCAUGCUAUGCGACCGGAACACAGUCUCGGAAUCGCACGUGCACUAACCCCACACCUCUGGGUAUUGGACAGGAUUGCACUCGUUAUGGUGUGGAUUACCAGGUCCAGUUCUGCAUACCAACUCAUUUAGAUAUUUGUGAUGAAUACAAUACUGGAGACAUUUCUGAGAAUGGCAAUUAUACAAUGGUUUGUCCCAGCGGUUUCUACAUACAUGUUUACGAUGCUUUCUACGGCAAUGGGACAACCUGUUCGGAUUCAACUGCACUUUCUGAUGUACGAACUCUGUGUCAUGGACAAACGACUAGCUGUACACUGAUAUUUAAUUACGCUAACUUUGGCGAGGAUCCCUGCUCCAGUUAUGCCUACCUCACUAACUAUGGAUCUGCUACUUUUCAUUGUGCCAAACAACAACUAUUGGAUGACUGGAAAGGACCCUGGCGACUUGUGUUUAAAGUUCCCCAAAAUACUGCCUCUCCUGCAGGCUAUUCUGAUAUAAUGAGUUUGUAUACUGCAAGUGGAUCUUAUAACGAAGGAAACACAGCAGCCAUGACAGAUUUUAGUGCAUCAGGAAGUAUAUACAAAUCUGCUCUGUUGGAUCAGUGGGGAGACAACAUGACCGUGAACGCUGUGAAGUUGUCAGUGUUCGCUAAUGGGUCAGAGGUCGCCCAUGUCAUAUUCAAUGCAUUAUCAUCAACAAAAUUGACAUGGUUCAAUCAAGCCAACAUGAUAUCAUCGAGCUGGCAUGAUAUCGUUGAUGGGAACACGACCACAACACUAGAUACUGGAGGUACAGAGAAGAGGACAUUCUUCAUCAGUAGUGACUAUUCUGGCUGUGCUAAUGAAACUGGCUGGAUCAUGAUGAAGGAUUACGGAGCCACUACUGGGUGUACAGAGUGGGACGAUCCUAGUUUGACUAGGCCAUAUAUCUACUACUCAGGACUUGGCACGAGGGUUCAGUGGUCAACAACGGACAGAUUGGAAGCGGAUGCAUUGGCAAUAUCUAUUAUAGACUGGCACAUGGUGUUCAAGGCAGUAGAGAGUGUUACUCCAACUGGCGGUGUCAGUCUGGAAUCUCUAUGGACCGGAAGUGACACCGAAAAUGACUUGAUAGCAUCUGCCAUUUCUGUCACUAACACACCUGCCAAUAUCUACAAGUCAAGCGUUGUGGAGAACUGGUCUGACGAUUUCACAUUCAUUGAUAUGGUGAAAUACUCCUACUUCACGGCUGGAAUCGAGAAAGCAUGGAUCGUUUUUGAUGGAGUCGGCACAACGAAAUCCACAUGGUUUGCAGAUGAUAAAAUCCUCUUCUCUAAAUACACUGAUAUAAAGACAGCGGGUAAAACUACAGUCAGCAUAUCUGGGGACUCAACCAGAUCAUUUGCUGUCAUUUACCAAAGCAGCAGUUGUACAUCAACCACAGGAUGGAUGAUGCUUUUUGACUAUGGAAGUUCAGGCACCUGUAAUUCAUUUGAGAGGGAAUCUAACGUAGCUACAAAACCCUAUUUUCUGUACAGUAAUACAGAUGUAUAUGGCUACCCUCAAUGGUCAUCGUCAUGGGAUAGCACAAACUUUCCAAAGGCUGAUGUAAUGGGUGUCUUCAUUAAAGGUUGGUUCCCCGUACUUAAGGUUGCCAGAGGUAUGGACAUUACCCCAUCCACUGGUAUAUAUGAUCUCUGGACUGGUACUUACAUCAUGAAUGAAUACAACGAUUCUAGUGAAGCAUUCUCAUUCGCAAGUGACACUAUGACUUACAAAUCCAGCUUGGUUGAUACCUGGACAAACUAUUACAUCAGAGCGGUGAGGGUGUCCUUCUUUGUGAAUGGGUCUGAACAAGCCUAUGUUGUCUUUGAUGCUCAUGGUUCAGAUAAAACCAGCUGGUUUUCCUGUGACAGGAUCCUAUAUACAUCAUGGGCUGAUCUGAGUACUUACGGGAGGAAAGAUUACUGCAGUAUAGCAGGAGACUUUGCGAACAGCAGACAUUUUGCCAUGCAGUCCUCGUAUGGUAGUACAUGUAAUUUACAUAACGGCUGGUUUGCCGUGUCUGAGGCUGGGUCUGGUUGUGCAUGGGAGACACAAGCAUCUGCACCAUUCGCUGUUUAUAGUAACAUAACAACACUUGGAUUAAACAAUGAUAUGGCAGUCGCUGAUGUGUUUGCUGUCUCUGUCUCCAUGGACAAUAUUUGUGAUAUUGUCGCGUGUGAAAAUGGUGCCACCUGUCGUGACUGGGGAGUCACUUACAACUGCCUCUGUGAAGGCGAUCACUAUGGAUGGCUUUGUCAAAACAUCGACGGUAAUUAUACAUCGUGGACAGACUGGAGUGAUUGUACAACAACCUGUUACGCUGAGGGCACUCACUAUAGGACGCGGACAUGCACAAAUCCAACCCCUCUAGGGAUAGGACAGGACUGCACUAGAUAUGGAGAACCUUUGGAGAUUCUCAGGUGUAUUCCAACAAAUCUAGAUAUCUGUCCAGAAUACAACACAGGGGAGAUAGCAGAGGAAACCUCCUAUUACAUGGUGUGUCCCUCUGACUUCUACAUACAUGUGUAUGCGGCUAGCUACGGCAAUGGGACCACAUGCUAUGAUGCUAAUGCGUUAGAAGAUGUUAGGACUGCCUGUCACAUGCAGACAGACACUUGUAACGUGACUUUCUCUGACACUUUCUUCUCUGGAGAUCCAUGUACAGCGUACCCAGGUGCAGUUGUGACAGGAAGUGCCAGGUUCUACUGCGCAAAACGGCGUGAAUUGGACAAUUUCCGAGGACCCUGGCGACUGGCGUUUAAGGUGCCCGCUGGUACAGCUCCCCCUGCUGGCUAUGCUGAUUUCAUGGCACUGUAUGAUGCGUCUGGGGCAUACAAUGAAUUUGAUACAGCUGCAAUGACAGACUUCAGCGCAGGAGGCACUGUCUACAAGUCAACAAUGCUUGAUUAUUGGGGAGUGAAUACAUCUGUCAGUGGUGUAAAAUUAUCUGUGUUUAAAGACGGGCAGGAAGUGCACUAUGUAACAUUUGAUGCUGUGGGAAAAGGAAAGACAGAUUGUGAAGGGGACACCUGGAAGAGAAAUUUCUUCAUGAAGAGUGAUUAUACAACCUGUACGAAUGAAACAGGAUGGCUUGUGCUGAAGGAUUACGGGGCGACUGACGGCUGUUCUGAGUGGGACACUACAACAUCUCUUCCACAGAUAUGGUACUCACAAACAGGUGUUCGUGUUCAAUGGGCUUACGGAAAUAAAACUACUGCAGACGCAUUGGCAAUAUUUCUGAUGGAUUGGCAUAUGGUGUUUAAGGGUGUAGAAGAAGUGACCCCUGAAGCAGGGACCCUGGCUAAUCUGUGGACGCUAACAGACACAGAGAAUGAUAAUGUCAUGACAGCCACAACGAUUACCAAAUCACCAAAUGUGGCUUACAAAUCCAGUCUAGUCGAAAACUGGUCCGACCCAUUCACAUUCAUAGAUAUGGUGAAGUAUGGUUUCUUCACCAACGGAAUUGAAAAAGCUUACACAAUUUUUGACGGGAGGAGUACAACUAAGACCUCUUGGUUCACUUCAAGCAAAAUACGGUUUUCCAAAUAUACAGACAUUUCAUCAGUAUCAAUCGGUCAUUGUAGCAUUUCUAGCGAUUCACGACGACGUUUUCUGAUUGCCCAUGACAUCUCAACAACCUGUAGUAGCUAUAAAGCAUGGAUGUUGACACAGGAUGUGGGUGGUUCAACAUACUGCGCCUUUGAUAAUAGUGCAUUACUCGGGAAGAACCGUCCAAACUUCCUGUAUAGUGAUGGCACAUCGUACGGACUUCCACAACCAU